UUAUUUUUGGUUUUGGCCUUUAUGGAUGUUUUUGUGUUGCAGUUUGAUGCAAGCUCAAUUUGUAUGCAAAUGCCUGUUUACUUUGGUUAAUUGUUGAAGUCCUUCGUUUGAUGGUAGUCAUGGUGAUUAUUUAAUAAACUAUUUUUCUUGUCUAUUUGACGUAGAUAUUCAGUCUGAUUGCUUAGAAUAGCGAUGGACAAAUCAUGGAUUGAUUUACCAGAUUGGGUUUCUCCACUCUAUUAUAAUGCAAUUGAUCAGUUUUUGACUUUUACAUACGUCAAUAGAGAUCCGGGUUCAAAAAUAUAUUGUCCUUGUAGAAAGUGUCAAAAUCGAUAUUUUCAUGUAAGAUCAGUUGUGCGGGAACAUUUUCGUCAGUCUGGUUUCCUCAAGAAGUAUAAGAAAUGGUAUAAGCAUGGUGAGCUUGAUGAUUAUGUUGAUCCCUUGGAGAGCAAUCUCCGACCUGUCCAAGAAGCUUUGGGAACUCCUAAUGUAGGGGCACAUGAUCAAAUUAAUGAAGAAAACUCAACUAAUCCUUCUUUAGGACAAAAUGUGCCUACCAAGAGUUUCUUAAAGCUUGUUGAGGAUGCAAACCUUCCAUUAUAUCCUGGUUGUAAAAGACACACGGCUUUGUCAUAUACUGUUCGGUUGUUGCAAGCGAAGGAACUUCAUGGAUGGACAGAUGAAUCUUUCCAAACUUUUCUGAAAAUAUCAGAAGAAUCUAUGCCAGAAGGCGCGAAACUACCUAAGUCAUACUAUGAAGCCCAGAAGUUAACAGAACAUCAUGGAUUCACUCAAAAAACAGUAGAUGCAUGCCCUAACAGUUGUAUGCUGAAUAGAAAUGACAUCAGUUUGAGUGAGAGCAGAAUAUGCAAAGGAUCUCCAUGGAAAGAUAAUGGUGGUAAUUCAAAUGCUGUUGUAGCACUUGGGAAACGAAAAGCAGCAGAACAAGCAACAAAUUCUGGAGAACGAAGGGAGGAACUUGUGUACCCUGAGGAUCUAAUACAAAAAAUAGCCGAUUCUGUGUUAAAGAACAUCCAGGCACCAAGUUCCAUACAAAAAAUAGCUGAUUCUGUGUCAAAGCGCAUCGAUGAUCAGUUUAAUAUGCUUCAAGCUCAACUGGAUCAUUUGGAGAACAAGAGGAGAGCCACAUAUCAAAAUGAACAGGUUUCAGAUGGGACUAGUGGAAAUCACAUUAAGAGGGAGUCCAUAGGAGAAGACGUCAAUUCAGCUUGAAGCACUGAUAGAGCAAUGGAUUGAGUUUCAAUGUUAUUGCACGUAUCUUGAUAGUUUAAUAUUGGAGUUAUCGUUGUGUGGAACUUUUGGUAGUAAUCUCCUUUUACUUAUUUCAAGUAUAACUAUGUACUUGUCUUCUAAUUACAUAAUCUUGUAGUGCAACUUAAUGAAAUAUGAAGUUGUGAUGAACAAUGUGUUGUACAUUGGUAUUUUUAUCCCUGUUUUUGGAUGUUAUGCAAUGCAGCUUCUGUUUUUUUUUUCAUUAUGUGUUUGUCCAGUUCCAAAGGAGAUUGACAAAAUGUAUUUUGUGACAAAUUGGCAGGAGAUAUUUUAAUUGACAUAAAAUUGAUUAUAUACAACAGAA